GUUUUCGAUGAGCUUUUGUCAGCAGGUUUGAAGUGGUAUGCAGAGGAUGAGAAUGGAACAUUACGAAGUCGUGCCGUCGAGUAUUUGGCACAGCAUGGUUCUUUUGAGAUUUUGAACGCUCUCAAAGAAUGGGAUGCAAAACAUACGGAUUCUCAGAGUGCUCUCGUUCAUUUCACAUACGAUAACGACAAUCCACUUGUUGGUGUGAUUGAACAUUGGAUUCGAUUCGGACCGUCAGAGGGUGCUAAAACGUGGCUACGUAUUUUCGCCGAUAAAUUUGGUGCGAACACUUUAAUGCGAUACGAACGUCCGGCUUUCGAUGGAUUAGUACCGUGGUUGGGCAAUCGUCCUGAGCCAGCCUUCACUCGUAUGACACCUCUAAUAAGGGCCAUACAAGCUAAAUGUGUCACUCUUGUAACAUUCUUAGUGCAGGAAAAGUUUUUGAAAACGAACUUGAAUCAGCCAGAUGAGAAUGGUUUAACACCACUGAUGCAUGCUUGUAUGGUGAAUGAUGAUCAGAUC